UAGUACGAACCGAACCAGAGUUGAAACCAUGGCGGGGACCAAGGAGCUCUUACAGAUGGACCUGUACGCGCUGCUAGGGAUCGAGGAGAAGGCGGCGGACAAAGAGGUGAAGAAGGCAUAUAGGCAGAAGGCCCUGUCCUGCCACCCAGAUAAAAAUCCAGAUAACCCCAGAGCAGCUGAACUCUUUCACCAGCUUUCACAGGCCUUGGAGGUACUGACUGAUGCUGCAGCCAGGGCUGCAUAUGACAAGGUCAGGAAAGCCAAGAAGCAGGCAGCAGAGAGGACGCAGAAACUUGAUGAAAGAAGGAAGAAAGUGAAGCUUGAUCUCGAGGCCCGGGAGCGGGAGGCCCAGGCCCAUGGCAGUGAGGAGGAGGAGGAGAACCGGAGUACCCGAACACUGCAGCAAGAGAUUGAACGCCUACGAGAAGAGGGUUCCCGGCAGCUGGAGGAACAGCAGAGGCUGAUCCAGAAGCAGAUGUGCCAGGAACAGGAACAGAGGUUGAGAGGAAAGGCAGAAAAUACUGAAGGCAAAGGAACCCCCAAACUAAAGCUGAAAUGGAAGUGCAGGAAGGAGAAUGAGUCAAAAGGUGGCUAUUCCAAAGACGUCCUCUUGCAGCUGUUUCAGAAGUAUGGUGAAGUUCUCAACCUGGUGCUUUCCAGGAAGAAGGCAGGCACUGCAGUGGUGGAGUUUGCAACUGUUAAGGCUGCGGAACUGGCUGUCCAGAAUGAGGUGGGCCUGGUUGAUAACCCUCUGAAGAUUUCCUGGUUAGAAGGACAGCCACAGGGCUCAGUGGGCCCCAGCCAUCCAGGACUGUCACAGGACUCAGUGGUGUCAGAGAGGGACUACGAAAGCCUCGUCAUGAUGCGCAUGCGCCAGGCAGCUGAGCGGCAGCAGCUGAUCGCCCAGAUGCAGCAGGAGGACAAGGAGGGGCCGCCCACGUAGUCUCACACCCUAGCCUGCUCACCUUACAGCUCUUUUCUUAAAUAUUACCAAUAAACUUUUUUUUUUCCUAAGA